CGUAUUGCGUAUUCCGAAAUGGGAAUUUGUUCGCGGAAAAACAGUCGCUGCGUCGAAUUUCGAAAAUUCGAACCUUUCGUUCGUUGCACGCGAGUUCUACGUGCUCUUGAAAGACAGACGCUUGUCCGAAAGAAAGAAAUUUCGCGACGACGAGUCGAGGGAUGAGCGAAAGCGGUCACCUUUCCGCGAGGACGAGUUCCAAGAGUGGGUUUUGUGCGAUUCGAGGGAAUAGUUAGCACGGGAGCCUAGCCAACCACGGGUGCGUUUCAUCCGAUAGCGCGACACGGUUCACCGAGAUUCGUUUAACGCGAUUCAAACGAAAGUUGGGUAAAGUUGGUUCGGUUGGUGGGACGCGACAACGGCAGCGUCGGCGUUGCGAUCGUCAAGUCGGAAAUCGCCUUCAAUAAAGUGCAACUUUUACCUCUGUCUCUCGCCUCCUCCUCCUCCUCCUCCUCCUCGUCGUCUUCGUCGACGAGUUUCGCUUCGUUUCUAAACGAGAAACGAAAACAAGGAGGAAAGUUUUCCCUCUGGAGUUCCUUCGAGGAGAGAUUAGUUCGGGGGGGGGAAUCGGUCGUUGAAUCGAUCCGCGAAAAGAAGAGCGGAGAAGAAUUUAAUAAUUUGGGAGAAAUUGGGAGAAUUUGUCCUGGGUGUGUUCCUGGUGACGUGUCACGGCCGACGCGAGCAAUCGCUUUCGUGGCGGCCGUUUAACGCGACAAAGGGGCGAGGGACGAGGAAAAAGAAAGUUGGCCGGCCUGCUAAAAAUUCAAAACGCGGGCGAAUUUUCCCCGGGAAUAAAUUUCCAAGUUUCUUGCGCCGAGAACAGCCGAGCAAAUACGGCAUCGCGAGCUUAUCCAGCACCUGGAAGAAGCUAGAAAGUUUGACGCAUUGCCGGUGAAUAAACCGAAACGAUUGUUACGCAACGUUUGCGUAAAGGGAAAAGGGGUGGAGAAGAAGUUUUUAACCCCGCUAGUGCUAUCCAUCGAUCCCGACGAGGACAACGACGAUAGACUAUGAAUAAUAGUCAAUCCAAUAUAACGACAACGACUUGCGAGUUGAAAAAUCGCGAUGCGCCACCAUCGAUAACCCUAUCGUCAGAGGCUGAUGGGAAAGAGUGCCUGUUGUCGCCUCGAGGAAGGAUGUCGCAUUCACGGAGACAAAGCAUGUCCUUCACCGCCGUUAUGAACCAUCGAAGAGGCCUCCUCGGCGCGUUGAUUUCAGGUAUAGGCAGCAACAUGUCGCUGCCCUCGUGCAUCCCUCAAGACCAAGAGUUUUUACCCGGUCAAACGGGAACUGGGCGCAAAACGCAAUUGUUGUUGAACAAUCGGAAUCAAUCGUGGGAGAAGAACGAGCACGAGGCGCAAAAGCAACGACCCAAUUUUCUCCCACUGGCACCUGUUGGCACGGGCUGCGUGAGCGUCAACACUCUCGAUCCGAUGAAAGCGAAGCAACGGAUGAUGGAAGAAAAAUCAAAGUUAACGGAGAGGAGGAAUUGCCACGCGGAAAUGGUGUCCAUCAUGAGCACCCUUUACGCGAAAUUGUUGAUCGUGAUCGGGCUGGCCGUGCCCAUAACUGCCAGCGUGACGGAGAGAGUUCCAGCUUCGUUGAAUCAGGGUUUCUAUUUGUAUCUGUACGUGGUCAGCGUGGCAUUCGUGAUCUCGAUGUACGUUAUCGUAUUAAGAGACAAAGCUGUUUGGAAUGUGAAGCGGAGGAGCGGAGGGGGAAAGGAGCAGGCGUUGAAAUACGACGAGAAGGGGGAUCGCGUAAAUCCUAGUCAGACGCAACAGUACGGGAGCUUUUGUCUGAGACUCGGCGCUGUGGGAUUUGGCGCUGGCUCGUUGGUAUUUACGGGAUUGCAAAUUGGGGCGGAAAUAGCUUCCGGCCCGUUCAGGGCGAUUACACCGGGUGCCAGGCUGCUGCUGGUCACGGCCCAGAUGCAUUUUAUAUUUCUCAACAGCAAAAGUCUCAGCUUGGCCAAGCACACCGCACUUGCCAAGUUGGGUCUGAUGCACAUGAUCGCGACGAAUCUCUGCGAGUGGUUGCAGGCGUUGGUCGAGGAAACGCAACACGAGAUCGAUCAACUAGGCGACACGCACGACGACGAUGACGGGAUACUGAAAUCGCUUCUGAGGGACGCGAGCCCGUUCCUUUUCCCGUGCACAAUUGAAUUCAGUUUAAUUUGCGCGGUGAUACUGUUCGAGAUGUGGAAGAGGGCGGACGAGAGGAUCGAUGCAAAGGGCGAGACCCCGGCCAGAUCUUCGUAUCAUCUUAGCAUAGAUUGCAGCAGCUCUCACAGAGGUCUCUUCGGCGGGAUAUUGAUCGUUGCAGCGACUAUACUGAGCUUGAUCAUGUUCUUCGUCCUGAAGGAGACGAAAAUGGAGAUUGCGAUCGUUCAGGUGACCGCGCUCGACGCCACUAUACUCACGUUAGGUAUGAUCGCUUCGAUCGCGGGCACGUUGAAGUUGCAAGCGUUGCAGCAGAAGAUUAUCAAACCAUCGGACUUGGACACCACGCUGUUGGCAGCGGCUCAAGCCGGGGUCUAUCUGCAUUGUCUGUUCGGGGUCGUUGGUGAUAUAUUGACAAUGGGACCGACCUGGGCGUUAUCGCUGAUCACAGAUUUGUUGGCCUUAAUGCAGAGCACCAGCCAGACGUUGCUCAUCAAAAUCGCAUGGGGAAGACGUUGUUCGAGAAACGACAAACCCGGCAAGGAGUUAAUCACAUUCCUAAUAGUCGUCAACAUCGCCUUGUGGACGGUGAACACUUUGGAGAAAUCUCGCGCGGGGGUUCGUCCCGACCAUCUGCGAUUCUUCGGCGUAUGGGCAUGGACGAUUAUCACUCACGUGUCUAUGCCAUUGGCUAUAUUCUAUCGGUUCCACUCAGCCAUAUGUCUGUUCGAGAUAUGGAAGACGUGCUACAAAUGCAGAUCGAACAGCGUCGUCCAUACCCCUUACUGAAUCAAACCGUUUCAAAACUUGUUGAUCCCUUCUAGUUGGUUCAAUUAUUACUCGAGAAAAAUUGUUACUCUUAAUAAAAAGCGGAACAGCUACAAGAAAAAAGAAAA